AUGUCUGCCUCUCCUCCAAUCGAGACCGAGAGGAUCCCCUUGGAGGACCAAGCUAAUGCCGCAGCUGGUUCCUCGGACACGCUGAAUGGACGCCCAUCGAGCCCGCCCACGCAGGAACAAGCACCGUCGAUCCGAUGGCGGGAUCUAAAGCGUAAACUACGCCCGCUCCGAGGCGUGAUCCUCGCCUGGGUGGCCUUUUCUGUGUUUUCCGUCAUCUUCUCUGCAUUUGUUGUGUACGUCCUGCUGCGUGGCAAUGUCCGGGUCGGCGGUGUUACCUUUGACGCCUCGACCUCGAACCUGUUGGUCUCUAUAUUCUCGCAGAUAUCAGUUAUUCUCGGGGACGCCCUGAUCCGGGAUCUUCUGGGCGUGAUACGCCUUGCUCUUGCCAAGCGAGAUAGAGGCGUCUCGGCCUUGACGUACUUUGUUAUUGGUCCUGCGUCGGCGUGGACCGAGGCGGCCAGGCAUGCCGUCUUGACGAAGUUCUACAGGUUGAAUCUCUGGUGUGAUUUUAGGGUCGUGCUUCCGAUCAUGGGUCUCGCUCUAGGCUCGGUGAUAAAAUUUCAGGCCCAAUUUGACUAUCACUUUGCCCCGACGAAUACCAACAUGACCGUCUACGCUGGGUUGAUCCCCAUCCGGAUUAUGGUUGUCGAUUCGCCGCUCUUGACGACCGCAGACCUAAGCAUGUAUUUCUAUUCUCUCACAUCCAGUCUUCUCCUUGAUUCUCGCUACGCAAUCCAACAUCGGUUUCCCGGAUGUUCUCAGGAAGGUUGUAGGUCGAUACUGUUACCGGGGGGGUUGGAAACGGCCAGGCGAUACGAUCCCUUGUUAAAGCAUACUGUCUUUGAAGGCGGCAUGUUCGACGGUGCAGACUCGAUCCAGAUUGAGCAUGCUCCAGGAAUGCUGGCCACGUUUGAGAGACUGCCGGCAAACUUCAGCUUCGACCCGGCCGGGUGUACGUAUGCCGGGGAGCGGAUCAACAACACGCUGGUGAUGUGUGCUCAGCAACUAGGCCAGUCGCUAGCUGUAGGCUGGGCCGCAUGUCCCAUCAAGGAAUACUCAGCCCGUCACUGCAGCCCCGAAGUGACGUGGACCUCUGGUCCCAUCCAGUACAGCACAAACGUCUCCGUCUUUGAGCAAUACACGCGGACGACGUACAACCGCAACAACUUCUCGAUCGUCAACACCGAGCUGACCUCCCCCGUCGGCGAGUCCCAGAUAACCCUGAAGGAGGACGAGUACCGCAGGAUAUUCCGCAAGGUCCUCAACGCCAACACGACGAGGCGCUCGGAUCUCAGUAACAUGGACGCUCUCGUGCACUCCAUCACGUGGCUGCACAGGACCUACGAUAACAGCUUUCCCGACGACCAGCAGAGCGUCCUAACGAGCCUACAUAACUUCAUCGGCGUUUCGUUGCAGUUCAUGGUGACGGCGGUCCAGUUUGCAAACUACACUGUCAACGUUGGAGGGGGUACCGAUACCACGUUGGCACUGCCGGACAAGAUGGUCACCUCGGCCGUGAGCGGCCGGUCCAUGCAGAAGCUCAGCAUCCAACCCUGGACGGGUGUCAUCUUCAUCGUCACCGAGGGGCUCAUCAUCGUGUUUACUGCGUUGGCCAUUUUCCUGAUCCUCUGGGGGGUGGAGCGCCUCCCGGACAAGUCAGCGACUGCAGAGAUCGACAUCCUCAGGAACACGAACGAGAUGCGGGCAGCACCGCAGCGGAAUAUACGGCGCUGGGGCUGGUGGCCGUUUCGGGGAGCAAGGAAUGAAGUUGAGCCUAGUGUGCCGGACCUGGAAGAGAGGGAACGGUUUCUGGAUAUGGCCCAGAGCUUGGCACAGAAUGAGCCAUCUCCAAUUCAACCUAGGUCAUUUUGGGGUCGAUUUCGUCGUGUUUUUAGGCAUACGAUGGAUAAAGAACGGGAUUUGCUCCAAUGGGUGGUCUUUUUGCCUGAUACUCCAGAUAUAGAGACUGAGGUUGAAGUGGUGGAGGUUGAGGAUAGUCAUGAGAUUCUUGAGGAUGGGUUGUCUCAACCUCUUCAAGCUGAGAGGACGGUCUCCUCAAUAUCAUAA